AUGCUGCAGCUGAGGCUGUCCUGGCUGGGACUCGGGUCCUUGGCAGCCUCCCCAUGGUUACUCCUGCUGCUGUUCGGGGCCUCCAGGCUCCUGGCCUGCAACCUGGCCUUGACCUACACCUGUUACAGCAAUUCUCGCCGCCUCCAAUGUUUCCCGCAGCCCCCAAAACGGAACUGGUUUUGGGGUCACCGGGGCCUGGUGACGAGCAAUGAGGAGGGCAUGCGGCUGGUGGAAGAUCUGGGCCAGUACUUCCGCGACGUCCACCUUUGGUGGAUGGGGCCUUUCUAUCCCAUCCUGCGGCUUGUCCACCCUAACUUCACUGCCCCCCUGCUCCAGGCCACAACCACCAUCAUACCCAAGGAUAUGUUUUUCUACAUCUUCCUGAAUCCCUGGCUGGGGGCUGGGCUCCUGCUGAGUGCUGGUGAAAGGUGGAACCACCAUCGAUGCCUGCUGACACCCGCCUUCCACUUCGAGAUUUUGAAGCCGUAUAUGAAGAUUUUCACCAAGAGUGCAGACAUCAUGCAUGCCAAGUGGCAGCGCCUGGCUUCAGAGGGCAGUACUCAUAUGGACAUGUUUGAACACAUCAGCCUCAUGACCCUGGACAGUCUGCAGAAAUGUGUCUUCAGUUUUGACAGCAAUUGCCAGGAGAAACCCAGCGAAUAUAUUGCUGCCGUCUUGGAGCUCAGUGCCCUUGUGAUGAAAUGGACCGAGUAGAUCUUCCUGCACAUGGACCUCCUGUACUACCUCACCCGCGAUGUGCAGCACUUCCAUAGGGCUUGCGACCUGGUGCACGACUUCACAGAGGCUGUCAUCAGGGAGCGGCAUUGCACCCUCAUUAGUCAGGGUUCCCAAGACUUCCUCAAGGCCAAGGCUAAGGCUGAGACUUUGGACUUCAUUGAUGUGCUCCUGCUGGCCAAGGAUGAAGAUGGGAAAGAACUGUCAGAUGAGGACACCUGAGCUGAGGCUGACACCUUCAUGUUUGAAGGCCAUGACACCACAGCCAGUGGCCUCUCUUGGGUCCUGUACAACCUUGCAAAGUACCCAGAAUACCAGGAACGCUGCCAGCAGGAGGUGUGAGAGCUUCUGAGGGACCGUGAGCCUAAAGAGAUUGAAUGGUGGGUGCAGGUCCUCAUGGUCUGUUCCUGA